AAUUCGAUCAUUUGGUCGCUGGAAAAGGAAGGGACUUCCUUUCGCUCUUCUACAAAACUACCGUACUCGCGCCAUCCACAGUCAGUCAGUUUUUCACGUUCGUUCGGGUUAUGAACUGGAAUCCGAAACCGAUACGAACCUAGGUGUUAUUAAUUGUUACGAUGAUAAGUGCUCGUGUAUUCGUGUUAGUCGUUUGCGCUGGUGUGGUGUUCGCGAGUUCCAACGAUGACUCGAAACCCGCUGAAUCUUCUACUUCGGCGCCUUCUAAAGAAGGCGAAAAAACGCAAGGUAAACGUGGAAUUUUCGGUCUAGGAUACGGCGCCAGCAGCUAUUCGUCCAGCGGCAGCGGUUUCGGUAGCAGUAGCUUCGGUGGCAGCGGUUACGGUGGCAGUGGUCUCGGAAACUACGUAUCGUACGGAUCCGACUACGGAUACGAAUCACCUCAUCACCACGAGGGACACGUCAAAUCAGUCACCAUCACCAAAGAAGUUCCAGUGCCAUACCCGGUACAUGUGGAAAAACACGUCCCAUACCCAGUUCACGUUAAAGUCCCAGUUGAAAAACCAUACCCAGUCCCAGUGCCAAAACCGUACCCAGUUCACGUUGAAAAACCGGUGCCAUACCCAGUUAAAGUACCUGUACCUCAACCGUACCCAGUCUACAAGAACAUACCAGUCCCAGUAAAAGUUCCAGUCGACAGACCGUACCCGGUACAUAUUCCAAAACCAUACCCAGUGUACAUCGAAAAACACAUCGGAAUCCCAGUUGACAAGCCAGUCCCAUACCCAGUCAAAGUUCCAGUCGACAGACCAUACCCAGUCCAUGUUCCAGUCGAAAAACCAGUGCCUUACCCAGUUGAAAAGCCAGUACCUUAUCCAGUCAAAGUUCCAGUAGACAGACCUUAUCCAGUACAUAUACCCAAACCAAUACCUUACCCAGUUGAAAAGCCAGUGCCUUACCCAGUAGAGAAACCAGUCCCAUACCCAGUUAAAGUUCCAGUCAAAGUACCAGUCGAAAUACCAGUACCGUACGAAGUUGAAAAGCAUGUUCCUAUCUACAUCGAUCAUCAUCAUAAACAUCACGAUGACCACUACGAAGACCACUACGAUUGAUCUCUUUUUCAGAAACCUUACCUAUCGAUUUGAUUCCUUUGAAUGAAGAACUCGCCUCAAGUUACCAAGUAUUGGAGUUACCUCGGUUCGAAUGUAGGUACCGUUAUUUGUUUCAGCUUUUAUUUCAAAUCAAAAAAACGCUUACUCAAAAUAUUUUCAUUAGAUUUUUAUACGAGUAAAGUUACCUUCAAUUAUUACCUAUUAUUAAUGUACCUACUAAUUGUAGGGUUGGAAUUUUAGAUGCUUCUCUUUUUUUUUUACCAACACUUGAAUUUAAAAUUUUCUUGAUUUUUGCUUACGAUCAAAAAUCGCAGAAAACUUUUAAAGGUGCAACAAACGUUUCACCUAUAUAUUUUUUUCACGCAUAAAAACCAGUUUCUUCGUGUUCCAGUUAACGAACCGUAGUUGCGGUUAUUUGCGUACAAGGUCUUUGAUUCAUAAUACGAAGUUCAUCGCACAGCAUCUAAAAUUUUAACCUAUUACUUAAUCGGCUCUUCUUUUUUCUGAUCCUAAAAACCAGUUUCUUUCAAAUCACAAGUUCAAUAAAUACCUUUUAUUUUUUUUAUUAGGUACCGAUACCUAUUUGUACCGUAAGCCUAUAUUUUUUACGAAUUAGUAAAAUUCUACUCUUUUAUACCUACUUUAUUCGUCAUGUAUUUUAUAUUGUGAUAUUAUUGUACAUAUAUAAACAUUUUUGUAUUUGUGUA